GCGGUCUAGAUAGCAGGAAGAAAGUUUUAAACAGUAUCAGGACAGAAAGAGUUCCGCACUCGCCAGGAGAGAGGGCUGCCGCCCAUUUCCCUUUCUUGUUUCCUUGGCCCUAGUACAUUAUGACUUAAUCUGAUGAUUCAGUCACAUACCAGUUUGAAAAUUCGUGCAAAUGUUUUAAGCAGUGAUACUUGAAAAUGUCCCUCUUGCUGUUAAAAAGCACAUUUUCAUUACUAGUAGCUUUGUUCCAGGGAGAAAAUUACUUCUUGUGACCAGGAGAUGUCACUACUGAACUGAAUUCAACCAAAUCUUGAGCAGCUGGAUGGUUUUAAAAGCAAGAUGAGGGGCUGAAGCUCAGCGUGGCUCAGUCAUAAGCCCCAUGUCACGCAGUUCCCACGUGGCUGGGUUUGAUGCCAACCCAGGUUGGGCCCCUCUCCACAAUGCCUCUGAUCACACAGCUCCCAGCAGCUCCAAUAUGAGGAGCAGGAAUGGAACUGCAAGGAGGAGAGCUCGGAUGCAGCCAGAAGGAGAUCAAGGGCAGAUUCAGAGAAGAGGAGGCAUUUCUACCAAGCCCAGAAAUCUGGUUGGGAUUUCUGUAGGUAAGAAGCCCGGGCCGUGAUGCCAGUCUUCCAGUGCCACCCGGCAUGCCCCGAUAGAAAACUCUGCUGUGACCACACCCGCUACCAGGAAGUCGCCUGCUUGGCGCUGUGGGCCUUUGGGCCUCACUCAGCCUGGCCAACUCCAAAACCCCCUCGUGUAGCUAUGUCGUCACUGCAGCUGGCGUUCCCACUGCCCUCUCACCCCGCACCGCCGGCAAGGAGCUCCAUGGACACAGAGCACUCAUCCUCCCAGAAGCAUAUUUCUGUACCCAUCACCGUGAGGGGCCUUUCUGGCAGCCACGUGUCUACCUUUGACUUUUCCUUCUAAAAAAGCCUUAGAGCUGUGUGAAGCAGACAAAUUUAUUCUGUCUGGACAGGAGUGGAUAACCCGGUAGGCUAACAGCGCUGUUUUUUCCAGAUGCCUGUUCUCUGUAUGACUGGGUGUGGUCACCUCAGUGUCAACAAAGAGGAGGACAGAUGUGAUCAGAAAGGUCUGCGAUCUUCCCGUGACAGGGCCCUGUGCGGAGGGGGUAGCCCUCUGAUGAAGCCACAAGACUCCGAGCUACAAGGGAAGUCCCUGUAGAAGAGCCCCCUUCCCACUCUCCAUAUUUCCACCAGGACUCCUACUGCAAGAACCAGGUCAAAUCUUUUCGUGCUGGGUGUUUGGGGCAAAGACACUGGCCCUGCCCAAGACCAUCCUAUAGGACUGGCUAAGUGACCACAUGAGCCAGGGGGCAGGGCUGGCACACUGGAAAGGUCGCCUGUUCUUGGGUCCUUGCUCUGGUGUUCUCCAAACCUCCAACCCAUGGGGCUAGGAGCCAGCCCUCCUCCUACAUGCUGGACUCCAGUGUGGACUUGGACGAGAGUAUAAAGAUGUCUUGUAAAGUGAGGCCAUGGGACAUCUGCUACAUCUGCUGAUGGAAAAAAAAAAAAAAAAAAAAAGCCUGACCCCAAUGUCUUCUUGGUUAGAAGAAUAUCUCCUGAGAGGAGAAGGGGGAACGAUGAGCGUUCUGUCCUCUAACAUAUGAGAGCUAAUGUUUUAUUCAUCAGUGCCUACAUGCCGGGGACUGUGCUAAGUGUUUUAACAUAUUACCUAAUUCUCCUAUCAACUCAUAACUUUAGUCAUCCCAUUUUACAGAUAGGGAAACAAAGGCAAAUAGCUUGUCCUAGGUCACAUAACUGCUAAGUGGCAUGAUCUGCUUCAGGUGAUCAGUCCCUAGCAUUUAAGUGCUCCCCUCUGCUAUGCUCUUCACCUCUGCCUCCCAGCAGCUCCAUCCUCUUCCUGCCACUCUCCAUCCCCUGCUGCCUAAGGUGAAAUGACAUCCAGCCAGCGUUAAUUUGGAUAUUAGCCUCAUUUGUCUCCUUGGCUCGCUGCCUUAGUGCAGUGCACAACCUGGACGGUUAUGCAUGGUGACCUACCUGGUACACAGAAGCACGAGGCCUUGGAAACGGAAAAUUGGGCAAAGCUCGCUUCAGGGUACUGCAUCUGGACAGGGGAGCACGCGGGCCCCAUGAGUUGGGCAAAAAUAGCGCAGGCGAGGCUGACUCACGCAAGGAGGGCCCUGCUGGAUGGCACCGGGCUCUGCUGAUCAGCAAUCCUGACACUCCUCGGAGGGAGGACCCUCAGCCCUCCUGCCUUCAGCAAGGACAGGUGAGAGAGACUUGAUUCAAUUACCUGCACAGAAGAAGCAGCUGAGGGGCAAGAGAAGAAACAGGAUAGGGAAGAUAAAGGAGAGUCCGCAAGAAGGAGAACGUGAGCACAGGGCUGGAGUUGAAGGAACCCCACAUGGUCACCACUUGGCAGCCAGACAAGAGGAGGACUAAGAAACAAGUGAAGAACCAAAGUCAGAGACCAAACAUCAGGAAGGUUCCAGGCCCUGCCGGGUGGCCACGUCAUACAGGGAGUCAGAAUUCCACCAUGUGGCCUGGUGCAGACCCCGACCUGCUGGUGUCACCUCAUGGUCCCCUCAGCCACUCUGGACCUCUGGGGCACCUCUCACCAUGUGCUGGCCCUGCGAUUGCAUCUGUGAUCUCCCUCCUGGUUGGUAAUGCUGGAAGCUUCCAGGAGGUGGCUGAAAGGUCCCUGGCACAGUAUGACGAGAACAUGAUGUGCAAGGCCGGCAUCUCUCUGUGGUCCACAAACAUGUAUCUCGGCACCAGAUACUACGGCUUUAGGAAUGUACCAGCGGGGGUCCCUCCGUCAGUGGGAAGAGGGAGGCAUAGGGGCCCCCAGCACACUUUCAGCAUUCUCGCAGAACCAGAUGCUUCCAACAGGUGCGGAAACGCUGCAGCCAUCCUGCAGCCUCGGCUGGAAAGACAGGCACUGUCUCAAAGGCAUGGGGCAGCCCAUGGGCGGAGAGGGCUCCAAGCAACAGGCCACAGGCAAUGGGAAGAGGGAAGGAACAAGGGUCUCGAAGGACCUCCCCAAGAGCUCCCGGGAAGUCUGGCUAGAAGCGAGCAUGAUAUCCCUGAAAGUAAGGUUUUAAGGGUGCUCCUGCACCCCCACUGCCUAAGACUCCAGGACCAGUACAUGAGACUGGAAGGGCCCCUCUGGAGAGCCACAGCCCCUUCAUCGCUGGUGAUCUCAGAGACUCAGGGACCUUGGCGGAGGGCAGGGGGAGAGAUUCUGGGAUAUACCGGCUGGAGAGUGUAGAUCAGUGUUUUGGAGGAUGUCCAGGAGAUGCUCGAUCUUGGGGUGAUCUCGGCUCCUCUGAAGGACCACGGAUGGCUUCUGGAACUAACACCGUGGGCACAUCUAAGAAUGAAGCAAAGCUCUGUCCUGCUUGCCUGCCAAAGCCUCCAGCCCGGCACAAAGCGGGCGGGGCUCACCGUGGCGGCACUGCCUCUCCAGCCAAGAGAUCUCACUUGGCUCUCUGCGGCCAAUGCACGCAUACCUUAAGCUCACAAGGGCCCCGCUCUCGGCUAGCCCUGGCCUGUCUCCCCGGGCUCUGCCCCCGGUCCCUCCUCUGCUAACCUCCACGCCAUGCCCAUGCUAUUCCCUCGACCGAAAAUGUCUUCCUUUUUCCACCACCCAGUAAGAUCCGGGGAAGACAGCACAGCGCCUAGAGGGCAUUUUUCACUAAAAGCCGCAGACUUGUGAUGUGCACUGCCAGGGGCUUCUAAAAGCUCCCAGAAUAUGUGACAACCCUUGAUUUUCAGCCAGACUUCACAAAAGAGCUGCAAGCAUGGAAGGGUACGUUUCCGUGCACUCCAGGUCCGCGCUCAGCAGGGGUUCCGGGUUGAACCUCGUACCACUCCCCCCACCGCUGCCGCAAAAGAUAUGUUGAGGUCCUAAUCCCCCGUAACUUCAGAAUGUGACCUUAUUUGGAAAUGGGGUCUUACCACAGGUUAUCAACUUAAAAUGAGGUCAUGAGGCAGGACUCAUUCUAGCACGACCAGUGCCCUUAUAAAGGGAAAUCUGGACAGAGACAGACAUGCGCAGAGAGAAGACGGCCUGGAAAUACACAGGAGAUGGCCACGUGACGACAGAGGACUGGAGUCAUGCUUCCACAAGCUGAGGAGUGCCAAGAAUUGCCCCCAACGUCAGAUGCCAGAAGAGGCAAGGAAGGAUUCUUCCCUAGAGCCGCCAGAGAGAGCACGGCCCUUCUGACAUCUUCAUGUUGGGCUCCGGGCUUCCAGACCUGUGAGAUAAUGAAUCGCUGUUGACGGAAGCCACCCAGUCUGCGGUACUUUGUCAGGGCAGCCCCAGCAGACGAAUACA